GUGUCUAGUUGUUUGCUCGCUUGGGUGGCUCGGAGGGGUGUCUGCCGUGCCCGCCGGGGGUGGGCCUUCCUCGCUUCCCUGGGCCCUCGUCGGGAAUCGGGGCAAUGGAGAGCCAGCCUUGUUCGUUUUUUUUCCCGGGGGGCUAGCCGCCCGCCCCCGGUUGCGUCCGGCGGGCCCUUUCCAUGGCCAGCUGCAGCUCCAAGGCCGCCGCCUCCCUUUUCAAGCGCACCCUGGCGCUUUCUCCGCCGCGCGGUGGCGGCUGCGGGCGCUGUGGCGGCCCAGGUUCUUCGUGCACGACGUCCCUGGGCAGCGGGCGGUUCCGCUCUGGGGGCAGCCGCCUCUUGCAGCCGCCCCCUGCGCUCCCGCCCCGCUUCCUGGCCACUCAGCCCCUCUCUCCGCCUGUCCUCUUCCUGCAGGACUCGCUCAGCGACAGCCUCCGCACUUGCUACAAGUACUUGAAUCAGACCAGCCGGAGUUUCGCCGCAGUCAUCCAAGCGCUCGACGGAGAGCUGCGCAAUGCGGUAUGCAUCUUCUACUUGGUUCUCCGGGCCCUGGACACAGUUGAGGAUGAUAUGACCAUCAAUCUAGAAACGAAAGUCCCCAUGCUAGAGAACUUUCACUCCUACCUGUACCAGCCAGACUGGAAAUUCACGGAGAGCAAGGAGAAGGACAGACAGGUGCUAGAGAACUUCCCGACGAUCUCUUUAGAGUUUCGGAACUUGGCAAAGGUCUAUCAGGAUGUCAUUGCUGAAGUUUGCCACAAGAUGGGCCUUGGGAUGGCUGAGUUUCUGGAAAAGAAAGUGGAUUCCAAGCAGGAUUGGGACCGGUAUUGCCACUAUGUUGCUGGCCUGGUUGGGAUUGGCCUCUCACGGCUCUUCUCUGCGUCCAAGCUGGAAGAUCCCAUCAUUGGACAAGACACGGAGCUCGCUAACUCCAUGGGCCUUUUCCUGCAGAAAACCAACAUCAUUCGAGACUACUUGGAGGAUCAAUUCGAAGACAGAGAAUUUUGGCCCAGUGAGGUUUGGAGCAAGUAUGUGAAGAAGCUGUCUGAUCUGGCCAAGCCAGAGAACAUCGACAAGGCUGUCCAGUGCAUGAACGAACUCAUCACCAACACGCUCCAUCAUGUUCCUGACGUCUUGAUCUACUUAUCCCGGCUAAAAAACCAAAGCGUGUUCAAUUUCUGUGCUAUUCCCCAGGUGAUGGCCAUUGCCACUUUGGCUGCCUGCUACAACAACAAGCAGGUUUUCAGGGGUGUGGUGAAGAUCCGGAAGGGACAAGCUGUCACCCUGAUGAUGGAUGCCACCAACAUGGAAGCUGUCAAAGCCAUCAUGUAUCAGUACGUGGAAGAGAUCUACCAGAAGAUCCCGAGCACCGAUCCUUCUUCCAACAGAACUCAACAGAUCAUUGCCUCCGUCCGAUCUUUGAGUGUACCCAGCGGUGCCCUCAUCUCCCGGGUCCAUUACUCACCCAUCUAUUUGUCCUGCGUCAUGCUCUUAGCUGCCUUGAGCUGGCAGUAUUUGAGCACCGUCUCGAAAGCAACAGAGGAAUAUGUGCACACGGGCGAGAACUGAGCAGAGAACAGAGCUCUGAGGAUAAUUUACUUUCAAGGAAUGUCCCUCCCCCCCUUUAUCUCUCCCUCUUUUUUGCAUGUGUGGUGGGGAGCUGUUGGAUUCCUAGGACUGCAGGGAAACAGGACUCAGAUUUCAGUCACAAGCCAUUCGGGGCUGGAAGUCUUAGCCUAGAAAUACUUUCUGGAUUUUGAAGUGUCUAACAAGUAACUUUCCAGACUUUGGACCCUUAUUUUCCUUUUGGAUGAAUGGACUACAAACAAGUCUGUUUUGAGUCUUAUUUUAUGUAUUUUUUUUGUUGCUUCAGACUGUUUUGAUGUACAUUUUGGACAUAGGUUGCUUUUUAACUAGAAUGUUAAAGAUGCAGCUUUGCUGCUUGUGACUUUUGACAGUAAAACAAAAGUGUGAGAUAA